CUCUCCCCGUGGAGGCGAAAUCUUACAAUAUUUAAUCAAGACAUGGUUUGAAAGACUUCCUAUUGUACUCAAGGAAAGAGAAAAAAAAAGAACAAGAAAAAAAAAAAAAAAGAGGGCCGCCGGCAAAAGAAAAGAAGAUGUCAGUCCCCGAUGCAGCGGUGAAUUCCCUCUUGCAAAACCUUAGCCAAGUUUGUACGAUUCACCGGGAUUUUUUGGAGAGCAACAAUAAGGAUAUUAUUUCAUCUCUGGUUAGAGAGCUUCGGACUCUGAAAGGCGUCUUGGGAGAUUUCGUAAAAUAUGGUGACGGUCCUGACGGCAAUGAACAAUUCAAGGAAUUGAUGAAGGAGACUCGAUCAAUAGUUAAUGAAGUUGAAGAUGAAGUGGACAGAUUCAUAGCUAUGUCAACGGAACAAAAAUCAAGAACAAUCUCCAAAGUCCUCCACAGCAUCAGUGGUUAUACGGUAGCGAAUCGGAAAGCCGCGAAAACGAUCCAAGAUCUUGGUGAUAAACUUAGAAACUUUAUUGAGGUAUCACUCAAGAAUGCUUACAGUUUGGUGCAACAUCAGGCGGUGGUCCAUGAGCUUGGCCGUCAAAGGACUAAUAAGGUUUUCAAAGUCGAGGAAGAUCACGUCAUUGGUUUUGAUGAAGCGGGUGAAGAGGUGAGGCAACUUCUAACCGAAGGUUCAGAACAACUUGAAGUGAUCUCCAUAGUUGGAAUGGUGGGACUUGGAAAGACUACACUAGCUAGAAUGGCGUACAAAGAUCCAGUUGUGGAUUAUCAGUUUAUGAUCAGGGCCUUCAUCCGUAUAUCGAAAGAAUUUGAUAGGAGGGAAGUUUACCUUGAGAUUUUAAAGUCUAUUAUGAAAAUCAGUGAUGAAGUAACUACUAUGUCGGGAGAUCAUUUGGAAGAACUUCUUUGCCAGAGAUUAGAAGGGAGACAAUAUCUGAUUGUACUGGAUGAUGUUUGGGAGAAAAGAGAUUGGGAUAUGCUCAAAUCCGCCUUUCCAAAGAACAAUAGACGUUGCAGAGUUCUAAUAACAACUCGAAACACAGAAGUGGCGAAUUACGCGAAUGCAAGGAUUUAUAAAUUGGGAUUUCUUAAACUAGAUCAUAGUCGAGAGUUACUUCGUUGGAGAGUUUUUCAUCAAGACAGUCUUCCUCAAGAGUUAGAGAUGUACGAGAUGGAAAUCGUCAUGAAAUGUGACGGGUUACCAUUGUCACUAGUGGUUGUUGCUGGCAUACUUCUGAACCAUCGAGAUAGGUCGGAUUGGUGGAAACAUGUUGCAAAUAGUGUGUCCGAGCUCAUUGCAAAGGAUCACACGCAAAGUACCCAGUUAAUAGAACUAACCUACAAGCACUUACCUAACCACUUGAAACCUUGUUUUCUCUAUCUUGGUCUCUUCAUGGAAGACUUUGAAAUUCCUGUGUGGAAACUAGUGCGAUUAUGGAUUGCUGAAGGACUCAUAUCAGAAGAGGACGGAGGUACUCUUAGCUUAGAGACUCUGGCUAAAUCCUACUUGGAAGAGCUGAUUAGCAGAAAUCUAGUGAUGGUCGGACGAAGGAGGUCAAAUGAAGAAAUCAAAACUUGUCGCAUUCAAAACACAGUAAAGGAAUUCUGCAAGAAAACAGCCAUGGAAGAAAACAUUUUCCAGGAAAUCAAGAAUCCAUCAAUGUUUUCUGACCAGUUUCGUCGAAUUUGCAUCACCGACGUCGGCGUUUUGAAGCAGCUCUCUUCAAAUCCUUCUGGAAGCCGCGCCCGCUCAAUCUUAUUUUGCAGUCACGAUGAGAGUCCUGCUGAAGAAAAAAUUGGUUCUGCUAUCCCUAAAAGCUUCCAGCUUCUGAAGGUAUUAGAGUGCGACUCUCUCGUCUUUACUCGUUUUCCACUUGCCCUAACUCGUCUUGUUCUUUUAAAAUACAUAUCGAUAUCAUCCCGUUCUUCAGUUAUCCCUGCUUCAUUGUCAGCCUUGCGUUACAUGCAAACUCUUAUAGUAAAAACAAUCUCUCCUACCCUCGAAAUCAAAGUAGAUGUAUGGGAAUUGCCAGAAUUUAGGCAUUUGCAUACCAACGCAUCCACCAUGUUACCAUAUCCUAGUAAAGAGAAACAGAAUGAGACUGACAAGAACAUCCAAACUCUGUCUACCAUCUCCACUGAACUUUGCAGAAAAGAAGUUUUUGAUCGGACUCCCAACCUGAAGAAAUUAAGUAUUGGUGGGACAUUAGCAGAAUUGUUUGUGGUCCAAGGCGAGUCGAGUUUCUUCGACUCUCUUUCCCGUUUGGAGAGGUUGGAAAAUCUGAAGUUACUGAAUGACAAAGUGUCCCGGAGGUUGUCCAGCCUUCCUUCUCCAAUAACCUUCCCACCAUGGUUAAGAGAGCUCACUCUGUCAAACACCAACUUGGAAUGGAAAGAAAUGACUGUCUUAGGCAAGCUGGAGAAACUUGAAGUUCUCAAGUUAAAGGAGUUUGCAUUCCGUGGAAAUUUUUGGGAGACCGAAAAGGGGGGUUUCCGCUGUCUUAAUUUCUUGCGAAUUGGACAGACAGACUUACUGAUAUGGAAGGUAUCAUCGGAUGAUUUCCCGCGAAUCAGGACGAUUGAACUCGUGGGCUGCGACAAGCUUCAGGGUCUUCCACCCAGCCUGGCAGAUAUUCCCACCUUCCAAUCGCUAAGACUGAAUUGUACAAAUCCUCAGGUGGCUUCUUCUGCUAGGAGACUUCAUGUGUUGAAGCUAAAAGAAGGAGCUAGGAAACAAGGAGGCAGCAACUUUAAGCUCUCCAUUUACCCUCCAGACUAUUAAGCGUCACAAAAAUCCAUGAUUUGGCACUUCUUUGCCAGGUGAGUUAUUUUUUUUAUUCCAAUUAUCCAUUUUCUCUACUGUUUCGAUUAGCGCCUUACCUGAGCUCUAACAGUUUGGUUUCGGCUUCAAACUUCUAUUUUCUUUCCGGUUUUGGCCAUAUUCAGAUUGUUCUUUGUGUCUGAAAUAAAGAAGUCCGGUAAUGUACGCAUUUGGCUGGAUGAGACGCACUAGGAAUGCGGACUGUUCUUCGACUUGUUUUGCUGAAAUCAUUCAAUAUGUUGGCUUGGUCAGUUCAAGAUGAAACCACCAUUUCAUCUCGGAACCAAAGUGGUGUGUUUUUUCCUUCCUUCUUUGGUAUUUUCACAAAAGAAGAUUCAACCAUUUUGAGAGGAAUAAUUUCAACUUUAUCCAUUUAUUAUCUAUCCGCAUCUCUGUAUAACAUACAGAAUGCCUGAAUGCUGGAUAAGACAGAGAGGAUUGCUCUGGCUUGUUCAUUUAUUUAUCCUUCUCAAACUUUAGACAAAUCGAAUCAUUCUGUUUUUUUCUGUGGAUGAUGUUUCUCGAUUAUUGUUGUUGUUCAUUGAUUAUAUUAUGUCUGUCUUUUAAAGCUACAGAAAGCUUGAAAUGGAAGAGGAACUAUUGAAGAGAUUUUCUUCAAAUUUUUUAUAUAAGCAAAGGAAAAAAUUGUCAACCU